CGGGAAGCCCCCCCGGGUGCACCGCAGCAGCAGCAGCAGCAGCAGCAGCGGAGGAGCAGCUCCCUCCUUGCAGAAGGUGCAUUGACACCUCCCGGGACGAAGCUGGAGGAGGAGGAGGAGGAGGAGGCAGUGACUGGUCCUUUUUUGGAGAGGGAUGCUCUUGGCUUAGCUGGGCUCCAGCUUUUGCAAAGGGAGACGACCCCCUCCCCCCGGGACCCCCGGCCCCUCCAGAGCGACCCCCGUCCUCCCCUCGACCCCCGACAAGGCGAGGGGAGCGCGCCCGAGCCUAAGCAGGAUCUUGGUUUGCCAGCCCUGCCCGGGAGCCGCGCAGUUUUUGCCCAUGGCGCUCAUCAUGGAGCCCGUCAGUAAAUGGUCACCGAGUCAAGUGGUCGACUGGAUGAAAGGACUCGAUGACUGCUUGCAGCAGUAUAUUAAGAACUUUGAGAGGGAGAAGAUCAGCGGAGACCAGCUCCUUCGCAUUACCCAUCAGGAACUAGAAGAUCUCGGAGUAACGCGCAUCGGCCAUCAGGAGCUCAUCUUAGAAGCGGUGGACCUGCUAUGUGCCCUGAACUAUGGCCUGGAAACAGAAAACCUCAAGACGCUCUCUCACAAGCUCAACGCUUCCGCCAAAAACCUACAGAACUUUAUAACCGGAAGAAGGAGGAGCGGUCAUUACGAUGGGAGGGCGAGUCGCAAAUUACCAAAUGACUUUCUGACCUCCGUGGUGGAUCUGAUCGGGGCGGCAAAAAGCCUUCUGGCGUGGUUGGACAGAUCACCAUUUGCUGCAGUGACAGACUACUCCGUUACAAGAAACAGUGUCAUACAGCUCUGCUUGGAAUUAACAACCAUCGUACAACAGGAUUGUACAGUGUACGAAACAGAGAACAAAAUCCUUCACGUGUGUAAGACUCUCUCCGGAGUGUGCGACCACAUUAUCUCUCUCUCCUCCGACCCUCUGGUUUCACAAUCUGCUCACCUGGAAGUGAUCCAGCUGUCCAACAUCAAGCCAAGUGACGGGCUGGGCAUGUACAUAAAAUCAACAUACGAUGGUCUCCAUGUAAUCACAGGAACAACAGAAAAUUCCCCUGCAGAUCGGUGUAAGAAGAUCCAUGCUGGGGAUGAAGUAAUUCAAGUGAAUCACCAAACUGUGGUGGGGUGGCAGUUGAAAAAUUUGGUGAAUGCACUGCGAGAGGACCCGAGUGGUGUUAUCUUAACUUUGAAAAAGCGACCUCAGAGCAUGCUUACCUCCGCACCUGCUUUACUGAAAAAUAUGAGAUGGAAACCCCUUGCUCUGCAGCCUCUUAUAACUAGAAGCCCCACCAGCAGUUUCGCGACUCUUCCCAGUACCAUCAACACACCGACCAAGAGAGAUAGUUCAGCCCUACCGGAUCUCUACAUUCCUCCACCUCCAGUUGAGCCUUACACUCCCAGGGAUGAAAAAGGAAAUCUUCCUUGUGACGACCUCAGCAGACAUAUUGUUGGCAAGCCUGUUCACAAGGGGUCAGAAUCGCCAAAUUCCUUCUUGGAUCAGGAGUAUCGGAAGAGAUUUAACGUGGUAGAAGAAGACGCCAUUUUAUACUGCUAUGAGUAUGACAAAGGACGAUCAGGAGGUCAAGGAAGGAGAGAAAGCACGCCAACUUAUGGGAAACUCCGGCCAAUAUCUAUGCCAGUGGAAUAUAACUGGGUGGGAGAUUAUGAAGAUCCGACUAAGAUGAAGAGAGACAGUAGGAGAGAAAACUCACUGCUUCGCUAUAUGAGCAAUGAAAAAAUUGUUCAAGAAGACUACAUGUUUCAGAGGAAUAGCAAAAAGGAUACAGGGAAGAAGUCGAAAAAGAAAGGCGAUAAGAGUAAUAGCCCAACCCAUUAUUCUUUGCUCCCGAGUUUGCAAAUGGAAGCACUAAGACAGGAAGUCAUGGGUUCUUCCAUGGCAGAAACAACCCUGUAUCAUACGUUCCAGCAGUCUUCUCUGCAGCAUAAAUCCAAGAAAAAAAACAAAGGCGGGCCUAUCGCAGGAAAGAGCAAACGACGGAUUUCCUGCAAAGAUUUGGGGCGCGGGGACUGCGAAGGCUGGCUCUGGAAGAAGAAAGAUGCCAAGAGUUAUUUUUCGCAGAAGUGGAAGAAAUAUUGGUUUGUUCUGAAGGAUACAUCCCUGUAUUGGUAUAUUAAUGAGGAGGAUGAAAAAGCAGAAGGAUUCAUCAGUCUGCCCGAAUUUAAAAUCGACAGAGCCAGUGAAUGCCGCAAGAAAUAUGCCUUCAAAGCUUGUCAUCCGAAAAUCAAAAGUUUUUACUUUGCUGCUGAACACCUAGAUGACAUGAACAGGUGGCUCAACAGAAUAAAUAUGCUUGCAGCAGGUUAUGCUGAGAGAGAGAGAAUCAAGCAAGAACAAGAUUAUUGGAGCGAGAGUGACAAAGAAGAAGCAGACACUCCAUCAACGCCCAAACAAGACAGCCCUCCACCUCCUUACGACACUUACCCUCGACCUCCUUCUAUGAGUUGCACCAGUCCUUUCGUGGAGCCGAAACACAGCCGCCUCUCCUCCACCGAGACGUCCCAGUCUCAGUCCUCUCACGAGGAGUUCCGGCCCGAGCUGGUAGGCAGCGGCGCCGCCUCGCCCGUCCGCAAGACGGCCAGCCAGCGCCGCUCUUGGCAGGAUUUAAUCGAGACCCCCUUGACCAGCUCGGGAUUGCACUACCUUCAGACUCUGCCCCUCGAGGACUCGGUGUUCUCCGACUCGGCCGCCCUCUCCCCCGAGCACAGGCGUCAGUCUACACUGCCCACCCAGAGAUGCCACCUGCAGGAUCACUACGGGCCCUACCCGCUGGCGGAGAGCGAGCGGGUGCAGGUGGUGAACGGCGGCGGGGGAAAACCCCGCAGCUUCACGCUGCCCCGGGACGGCGGCUUCAACCACUGCUGCCUCAACCCUCCCAUGAGCCCCCGGGACCAGCAGGAAGACGUGCCCCAAGGCGAGGUGGAAGAGGAGGAGGAGGAAGAGGAGGAGGAGGAGGAGGAGGAGGAGGAGGAAGAGGAGGCCGCCGUGGAAAACGUAGAAGCGAAAAGUGAGCGUGACAACAAGCUAGCGGACUCGUUGGAAGAUCUGUACAGGGCUCUGGAACGAGCCAGCUUGUCCCCCCUAGGAGAAUAUCGAAUUUCAUCUGAAAUGGAAUACAGGCAAUCUUUCGUUACGAGAUGCAAUGACCCCGAAGUGAAUGAAAAACUGCACAGACUGAGAAUUCUAAAAAGCACUUUAAAGGCCAGAGAAGGAGAAGUAGCCCUCAUCGAUAAAGUACUGGAUAACCCAGAUCUGACAUCUAGAGAAUUUCAGCAAUGGAAACAAAUGUACUUUGAUCUCUUUUUGGAUAUCUGUGAGGACGACGCUCAGCAUAACCCACUGAAUGCAUCUCACGAAGCCGAUGCCUUUAUCUCCUUUCUGGCUCACACCCACUCGUAUAUCGAAACGCACGUAUAAGUUUCUUCGGGCCUCUUAAUGCUCACGAAAAUGGUCGUUUUUUUAAUAUAAAAUGUAGGACAUAUGGUAAAUUUUAUCUGAAUGUUACUGAACAGCGUGUGGUAAGCUUAGUCUGAUGAUGAACGUUUGUCUACUUUAUGUGCCCUCACUGCUCUGCUUGUGUUAUCUUGUGCAAAACGAACACGGCCUUUGUUAACAUAGGAUACAUUUUGAAAAUAUAGUCUUGGAGGCUGAUUGGGGCCUUUAAUUUCCCAGGAUGCAAGAAAUGGUCAUUAUAUUCCAUCUACCUUCAUUUUAUGAAGAAUUAGCCUUCUGAACUGAAACCCAUUUUUCAGGUGCAGGCAUCUCCAUGAUGGAAACAAAAAAAUAACUUUUUUUCUAUUGUAGAUGCCCCGAGGUGCUUCUUAAACAUUACACAAAAUAUAAAAUGAUGGGAGAUUAAUUUUUAUGAGUGUAGAAAAGCACAAAAGAGAGGUAAGCAAAACGGAAAAUCAUCGACAGGUGAGAAGUUCAGGUAUUAAAUAUUCAGAUAUGGUCAACUGACUUUUAACGCGUGGAGAUAUCAUUGCAAAUCUACAGGGACCCUUUGGGAUUGAUCAGGGCAUGGAUUUGUCUAUUUUUCUUGUAACUGAGACCAAAAUUGAAGAUAGAGCUGUUUUAUUUUCUUGGUUUAUAUCCUCCUUUAUUUUUAUAAUAGAUGGAAUACUGACCGCUUACAGCCUUUUGAGAGAAGAGCAAGGAAGGGGUCAUAUCUGCUUAAUCCAUCAUCCUCUCCCAAGCACUUAGUACAGUAAGCACUCAAUAAACAUCCCUCAGGAUGUAGAGAAGGAAUCUGAUCAUUCAUUAUAGAGAAAUACACUCAGUCAGUAAGGCAGCCCACCAAAUAUAGAAGUACUCAUCUUAUGUUUUCCUCUUUGUGGCCCUUUGAAUAAUUACGAGGUACAAACUGAGUAAAUAUCAUUUCUGACCUCCACCUCCGACCCAUUCAGUUCAAUGAGAUAUUUUCAAUGGGGAAAGCAUUUGCAACCAUAGAGCUAAAAUUGAAAUGUAACAAGAACCAGAGGUCGAUCGGCUUCUACCCUUUGGGGAAAGAAGGAUCGGUCCAUUCAGAAACAAUCCAGAGAGCUGUGGGUAACUGGGAUCUAUCUAGAGUUCCACACUCUUCUAGAAGGGUGGGUACAUGAAUGGAAAAAAAAAUCCUAUUAAUAUUUUUACAGCUCUGUGCUUGUUGUUUUUUAAAGUUACCCCAGCAUGACAAUGAUUUGGCUGCUUUAUAGCAUCUUGCUGCAUAAUUUAAAAUCCACAAUUUUCAUUUUGGCAGGAAAACCAACCCCUCAUUGAUUAGACUUUGAAAUUUCCUUUUAAUCAGCUUUAUACUACUGCCUGUACAGCUGUGAAUGUCCUUCAAACUUUAAGAGCUUGGAUAUUUGCUGGUGAUUUUCUUUGCUGUAGAGGAGGAAGUGAAAAAUCCGAGGAUCUUUGCGUUUGUUUUGAACAUGACCCAUGUACUGAAAGUAUUUUGCAGACUUUGCACAAUUAUACAGAAUAAGCCUUCCUACAGCUCAUCUCAAUGAUGACAGUGGUAUUUGUAAAGCGCUCACUAUGUGCCAAGCACUGUUUUAAGCGCUGAAAGUAUUCCUGUAUUAAGUCAAUAUGGAUGAUGAUAAAUCACCUCUCAAUGUUUAUAAGAAAUUGGGGGAGGGUGGGUCUGAUAAUAUUUUUACCACUUUAAAAAGAUCUAUUUGUAACAACGGAACAUUUAUUUAUGUGCAUGGGUACUGACUUAAAUACUGACUUGAGGGGGCUAGGGGGGAGUUUGUAUUUUCAUUAAAAGAAGAGAGAGAGAGAAUGCCUGGCCUGGAAUGAACUCUGCUUUUACAAGGAUUUUAGGCUCUGGUUAACAUUUCCUGGACUAAAAGUAUAUAUUAUCCUUAUAUUCAUAUCUAACAGAUUUAGAACACAUACAGAGUUUAUGGAGCUCUCAUUCCAUGCAAAAACGAGGCAGCUAAAAAGGUAAGACUUAGUUCUGUUGCUAUGCAACGGCAUUCCCUCCUGCACUUUGACUUGAGCAAAGUCAAAUUAAACCUUACAAGUUUUUUAAGACUCAUGGUAAGCUUGGCACAGAACGGUACCUAUCCCCCAUUUUGUCGCGAUGCCUUCUUUGAACGGCAUAUGAGAUGCUAUUCUCGUCAUUUUUACUGUAUUUAUUUGGAGCCUACUGUACAUAGGAGUC